AUUUGUUUUAAUGUUUAUAGCACUGAAUAAAGAUAAAGUUUUAUUAUUUUUCAUGCAGGGUAUAAACUUUCCUAGAAAGAGAUUAUUGUAUUUUUCUAUGUGUGCCUGAAUCUAAUAGAGGUUUUAUAAUUGUUUAGCCACCCAAAAUCCUUUGAUGGCUUGGAACAACACAUGUAUUUUAUUGUGUUGUACCUAUGGUCCUGGACUCAGAGUUUGCUGUUGUUUAUUGUGUAUAAUGUGUGUAAGUCUGCCCCCAAGUGUUGUAACUACACUACAACCGGCUACAUCACAGUUGUGAGAGACCCUUCUCUCACGUGCUGCUCAUAAAACUAUUUUAAAGGGAAUCUAAAACUCAAAAUGUGCUCUCAUCCCAACUUUAUCUGCCAACCCUCGUAAUUCCGAGCGCAUAUGAAUGCAGCAUUUCUUACUUUUUUUAAAUAUAAAAUAACUACAUAUACAUAUGUUAUACUAAAAUACCAAAGCAGUGUUAGUGUUAUUAAUUAAAGUACGAUUAAUAAAAAAAGGACAACAUUUUGUUUUAGUUUUAUUUUACAUGCAACGCGCGUUCACGUGCGCGAGACCCGCGUUCACGUGUCGCGCAUCACAACUGCGUGAAGAAUUUAGAUCACUUUGUUGGUUUCACAUCAACACGGACAUCAACCUGACACGGAAGAUGUGGAAGUCAGCCGUGGGCCACAACGUGAGCCUGAAGGUGGCCGCGGAGGGCGACGACUGGGAGACAGACCCUGACUUUGAGAACGACGUGUCGGAGCAGGAGCAGAGGUGGGGGGCGAAGAGCGUCGAGGGCUCGGGGCACAAAGGGCACAUCAGUGUCGCGGAGCUCAGAAACAAGGUCACGGCGGAGCACGAGCAGCUCAAGCAGAAGGAUGCGACUCCCAAAGCGUCGUACGGGUACGGAGGAAAGUUCGGAGUCGAAAAGGACCGAAUGGACAAGGUGGCUUUGGGGAACGACUACCGGGCGCAGGUGGAGCAGCACUCCUCCCAGACGGACGCGGCGCGAGGGUUCGGCGGGAAAUUCGGCGUUCAGAAAGACCGCAUGGACAAGUCGGCCGUGGGCUUUGAAUACAAAGGAGAGGUGCAGAAACACGCGUCUCAGAAAGGUAAGACACCUGUCCGCCUUCUCAAUUAUUUUCCUUUUCCCCAACAUAAUGUGUCUCCCAUCUGCGUGUGUUCAGACUACUCAAAGGGAUUUGGAGGAAAGUUCGGCGUGGAGAAAGAAAAAGUGGACAAGGUGGCUCUGGGCUACGACUACAAAGGCCAGACGGAGAAGCACCAGUCGCAAAAAGAUUAUUCAAAAGGGUUUGGAGGGAAGUUUGGUGUUGAGAAGGAGAAAAUGGAUAAAGCCGCUCUGGGCUAUGAUUAUAAGAGCGAGAUGGAGAAGCACCAGUCGCAGAAAGAUUAUUCUGCAGGUUUUGGAGGUCAUUAUGGAGUCCAGGCCGACCGCAUGGAUAAGAGUGCAGCUGGAUUCUCUGACAUAGACUCCCCUUCCUCCGCUUAUAAAAAGACACAACCGGUCGAGGCCUCAGUUGCAGGUGCAGGAAAACUGAAGGCCCGGUUUGAGAACAUGGCCAAAGCUUCAGGUGAAGAGAACAAGAAGAAAGUGGAAGAGGAGAGAGCGAGGAGGCAAGCCAGAGAGAGCCGAGAGCGAGAGGAGGCCCGGCGCAGGCAGGAGGAGGAGAGCAGGAGAGAGGAGGACCACCGGCCACCACCUGACCCAGAUGUGGCCCCAGAUGAGGAUGAGGAUGAAGACGAGGCUGCAUAUGAGAAUGAGGCUGCAGACGAGGCUGCAGACGAGGCUGCAGACGAGGUUGCAGACGAGCCCCCAUAUGAGGACGAGGCUGCAUAUGAGGAGUUGGAAAUGCCGCCACCUGAAAUCCACCACCACAUGCCAGAGAUACAAGAAAUACCUGAACCAGAACCAGAGUCAGAACCAGAAGAGGAACCGGUCUACGACGAGCCGCCCCCGAUGCUGCCGCCGCGCUCAGACGACUUCCUGGACCCUCCUCCGCUCCCCAACAGGUCGGCGGCUGAGGAGGAGGAGGAUGAGGAUGAGGAUGAGGAUGAGGAUGAUGAUGAUGAUGGAGAGUAUGAGGAACCCGUGGAGCCGCCGACGUCUCCUCCUCCGCCGACAGACGACGACCACUACUAUGAAGACCUGUCGAGUGGCACGCAGGCCGUCGCCAUUUAUGACUACGAAGGAGAGGCUGAAGAUGAGAUCUCCUUCAGCCCGGAUGACGUCAUCACCAACAUCGAGAUGAUCGACGAGGGCUGGUGGAAGGGACAGAGUCACGGCCGCGUUGGUCUGUUCCCGGCCGCUUAUGUCAAGCUGCAGCAGUGAGCUUAUACGCUUCAAAAAUAUCAAGUUUAAUAUCGCAUGUUUCUCAGGUUGUAUUCAUUUUAGCAUUGUAUUUAUAGAAUAAAUCAUAGAAAACGUGCCGACAUCCAGUCGUAUUGCGUAGCUCACAUAGGGGCAGUGAGCAUGCGACAGUACGACUGUAUUAGUACAAAGGGGUUAAAUCUUUUACCUGCAAUAAACUGAUUGAAUACAACAUUCUCAUACCUGCAAACUCAUGAGGGGUGAAAAAGGUGACAACGGGGGGGGGGGGUGCAGGUGACUUUUUGUUGUUGUCACCACACCACAUCCACGUUGUUUGAAGCCUCAAAGCUUUUAGAACCACAACUUGUCAUUUUAUUGUUCCGACCACAAAUCUAAAUAAUGAUAAUAAACAGUUUAAGAACAAAAGGUCCUCCGCUCUGACUCAGCCCUGUAAUGAUAGUAAUAACAAAUAUACAUUGUCAUUUUAUAUAAUAUGGUUAAAGUCAUUAAUAAACCAACUUCCUUUUUUGUUGCCUGAACAGUC